UGAAAUUGCUAGAAAUAUGUCCUCCCUGUCUGCAAGUGCGGAAAAUCUAACAGACACCCAGACCAACGAUGGCUCUUCCAUGUGUCUGGAGUUGGCUCUCGAGGGCGAGAGACUCUGCAAAAGUGGCGACUGUCGAGCAGGAGUCGCAUUCUUCCAGGCUGCCAUUCAGGCGGGAACUGAUGAUCUCCGGAUUUUGAGUGCCAUCUACAGCCAAUUGGGCAACGCCUACUUCUACCUAGGCGACUACUCCAAAGCCAUGGACUUCCACAAGCUCGACCUCACUCUAGCUCGGUCCAUGAAUGACAAACUGGGCGAGGCAAAGUCCUCGGGGAAUCUGGGGAAUACUCUCAAAGUGAUGGGGCGCUUCGAUGAAGCGGCCAUCUGCUGCGAGAGGCACCUAACAUUGGCCAGGCAACUGGGGGACCGGCUCAGUGAGAGCCGGGCCCUCUACAACUUGGGCAAUGUGUACCAUUCCAAGGGGAAGCACAUGGGGCAGCGGGAUCCGGGAGAUUUCUCCGAUGACGUCAAGGAGGCACUCAUGAAAGCCGUCGGAUACUAUCAGCAAAAUCUCACUCUGAUGCGUCAGAUCGGGGAUCGUGGGGCUCAGGGACGAGCCUGUGGCAAUCUGGGCAAUACGUACUAUCUCCUCGGAGAUUUUCAAGCAGCAAUUGUACAUCAUCAGGAACGACUCAGUAUUGCGCGAGAAUUCGGUGAUAAAGCAGCCGAAAGACGCGCCAACAGCAACCUGGGAAAUUCUCAUAUCUUUCUUGGUCAGUUUGAACUGGCGGCAGAAAACUACAAGAGGACUCUUUCGCUGGCCAUUGAGCUGGGUGAGAGAGCAGUUGAGGCUCAGGCAUGCUACAGUCUAGGCAACACUUACACCCUCCUCAAGGACUUUUCACUGGCCAUCGAAUAUCAUCAGAGGCAUCUGGCUAUCGCUCAGGAGCUAGGGGACAAGGUGGGAGAGGCCAGAGCCUGCUGGAGCCUUGGAAAUGCAUACUCAGCCAUUGGGAACUACGAGAAAGCCCUCCACUAUGCGCAAUCUCACUACAGCUUAGCUACAGAACUCGGUGAUCCUGUUGGUGAAUCGACAGCCCGCAUGAAUAUCACGGAUUUGCGGAAGGUUUUGGGACUGCCAGAAAUUACACCCACAGAUUUAGAUGCCAUCUCCUCGGACAGCCAACGGUCCAAAGCAUCGGCCGAGCAGCAAGAGUCCGGUCAAACGGUUCGGCAAUUUCGGGUACGAAGGCAAAGCAUGGAACAAUUGGAUUUGCUUAAGUUAACUCCGGAUGGAAAGAAGGUGGAGCAUCAUACGAAAGGGGAGAGUGGGACUAUCAUGCAGGAGGAUGAUUUCUUUGAGUUACUCACAAAUUCUCAGAGUAAACGAAUGGACGACCAGAGGUGUUCACUGAAGGUUGCCGGAGGAUCUGUGGCGCAUGCCGAGGGGGCUAUGAGGAAGCCCCUGGCGGCACAGAAUCGAAAUCCACCACAGACCAAGGACAAUCGCAAUGCGCUGCUGGAGAUGAUUGCAGACCUGCAGUCCGAGAGGAUGGACGAGCAGAGGGCAACGCUGCCGGGGUUGGUGAACAGGGGCGGAGGAGGAGUGAUUCUGAAAGGAGCGGCAAAUGCCGCAGCGCCAGAUGACGCCUUCCUGGACAUGUUGAUGCGAUGUCAGGGAUCGCGACUGGAGGAGCAGCGAUCGGAAUUGCCGCGUCCGGGAGAAGGGAUGGAGGAUGGGGAAGGGGGCAGUGGGCGUAGGGGCAGGUCAAAUAUUGGCGCCACCGUACCUGAUGAGGACUUCUUCUCGCUGAUCUCACGUGUCCAGGGUGGACGGAUGGAGGAUCAGCGUGCUGCAGUGCCACUCGGUGUUUCCAGACGCCUCGGGAUGGCCCCCAAUCACAUUCAGCCACCAAAUAGCACGACGACGAAGGAGCCUGGCAAGAAAAUUUAAAAUCAUUUUAUUACCAUAUUUUAAUUGUCCCUCCAAUCCUCUUAGUGCAUAGGAUUUAUCCCUCCCAGAUUAAAAAGAAAAGAAAAAAACUCAAAUAUCACCUCGAGAUUGUGAACUCAAAUUCUUCUUCUUUCGUGUUUUUUGAUUGAGAAGAAAAGCAAAAAAAUAUAUAUUUACCACAAAAAAAAUACAGAGAUCAUGAAACUUUUAUGCAUUUAUAGCCAAAAUAAUUUUUUAUUUAGUAUUUUUUUGAGAUGACGAAUUUUUUUUACAUUUUAAAUCCUUCCUUUUUGUACUUUCCUUUUACACAUAAUAUACAAGAAAAAAAGAAAACAAAAAUAAUUCAAUGAAAAUAACUUUACAUCGAUAUUUACUUUUUCUCAGUUUGAGAAAAAAUUUUACAUUAGACAGAACUUCUUAAGUAAAGCCAAAGGAUAGCAAGAAUUUCAGAGGAUAUUUUAUGAAUAAUAAUUUUUUUUGUCCAAAAAAAAAAGUAAUAAUUUCAACAUAAUAAAUUGUAAAGUGUAGGAAUCUUUUUGAAAAAAAAACAUUGUGAAUGAAAUGAAAAUUUUCAAGUGUUGACUUUUGUGGCAGAGUAUCUCAUGGAGGAAUGUCUGUUUCAUCUGAAAAAUUUCACUUUUAAGACAAAUAAAAAUGCUAUAUAGAUUUUAUCUACAA